AUCGAUAGUGCUGGUCGAUAGUUGCCGAUGGUCAGUCAAACGCAAUGCAACUCUGCUAGAUGAAAGCAAUAACACGAGGAGUAAUGAAGUUAUAUUAAAUAGUAAAUAAACAAAUAAUUCUUAAAUGGCCAACUGGAGGAAGUUUAUCUUGUGGUUCGCCCAAGAGCAUGUGGACUUUCGAGUGCAGGAAUUUGACUCACUGGUCAAAAUGUUUGGACUUCAGGUCCGACGGCUCACUGAACACACCAUGAAACCAUUUUGGCUGGUCGAAUUUCGGGACACGGAUACAGCGUUGCAAUACGCAUCCAGAUCCAUUUCGUUGCGCGCCAUGUUUGAGCUCUACGCCCACUCCAACAAAUUACCCGAGUUUCACCAGAGGCUUCGGAAUCAUGUUACCGAGAACUGGGGCACCCUUGCGGAAUACUUUCGACUGGAGUCUAGUUUUAAAAUAGUUGUGGAGACCUACAACAAGCACUUCAGUCAGAAGGAAAAGGUCGAGAAAAUCGAGUCCAUGGAUUACCUGCCUAUAGAGGGUCCGGUCAAUCUGAAGAAUCCCCAGGUGGAGUGGUGGUACAUUGAGUUUUGGGGCCUGAAUCCUACGGCCGUGCCUCCUGAGCCUGAGGAAAUUAUGUUUGGUCGACUGGUGGCAAAUGGCCAGCGGCAUUUGAUCAAGGAGCUUUCGCUUAAGCAGCGAAAGUUUAUCGGCAACACCAGCAUGGAUGCUCAACUUAGCCUGCUAAUGGCCAACCAGGCUAUGGUACGUGAUGGGGACCUGGUAUUUGACCCGUUUGUGGGGACAGGCUCACUUUUGGUGAGCGCCGCCAAGUGGGGCGGGUAUGUCCUGGGAGCUGACAUAGAUUACAUGAUGGUGCAUGCCCGCUGCCGGCCGAGCCGCAUAACCCAAAAAGUGCGUGAGAAGGACGAGAGCAUCCGGGCCAACUUGAAGCAGUACGGUUGCGCUGACCGCUACAUGGAUGUGGUGGUGGCCGACUUCUCCAACCCGGUGUGGGAUUCUCGUAUCUCGUUCGACAGCAUAAUAACAGACCCUCCAUACGGAAUAAGAGAGGCCACGGAAAAGGUGGAGAAGAAGAUUAGCUUGAGGGCCGACACUAGAAGUGAGAACAUGGUUCAUUAUCCAUCAACGUCGCACUAUUCCUUGCAGAGCCUCUAUGGGGACCUACUUGAGUUCGCUGCGAAGCACCUGAAAAUGGGAGGUCGACUUGUCUGCUGGCUACCCUUUCACAGCGAGGACUACGACCCCAAGAUGCUGCCACAGCAUCAGAAUCUGAACCUGAUAGCCAACUCAGAGCAACAAUUGACUGGAAACACUGCUAGACGGCUACUCACCUAUGAAAAGUGUUCCGAGUAUAGUCCGACACAACCCUUAUUGGGCAGCACAACACAGGUGACGACGCUCUCGCAGGACUUCAGGGAUCGCUAUUUUAACAAUGCUCUGGAGUCACGCAAGGAGCGUCGUAUGCGGAAGGCAGAGCUGCGGGAACAGGCUCGUGUGGAGAUGAAUGCACGGGGAAAGAUACCCACGGAUGGGCGCUCCAAAAAGUGUGACCUGAAUAAGGCUCGAUUUGUGUGAUCUCCGUUGAACACUAACUUGGAUGGAAAUUCAAUUCAGGGCAACAUUAUUUGUUGGCUGUUUUUCGCUGAGUUUUUUAUACGGUAUAAAAUUGCAAAGAUCUUAAUAUAGAUUUGGAGAAAAAAGGAACUGACAGUGGUACCUUAUAUGUAAAUAGUUUUAAUAAAAUUUUAUUA